GGCACUGGGCGCGAUAGAUAAACAAAUAUGGCGACUACCAAGAAGGAUACACCCAUUCCUGCGCUUCGUGUUAGUCAGCUGGAUGCUGCAGAACUUGACAAUGAGGUUGUCUCCCUUGUCAAGAGUCAGUUGAUGCAGUUGUUUAAAUACCACCAGACCAACACACUUGUAAAGUAUGGGCCUGAAGUGGAUGCACUUCUCAAAAUCCUCAUCUGGAAGUUUUCUGUUCGUCACCCACGAUUGUACUAUCGGACAGCAAAUCCUCAAUCUAAAAUAUGCCAGUGAGAGCGCCCAGGGGACAGGACCUUGGCUUGGUACACGCCAAAAACUACUGUUUGCCCUGAUUCUGAUUGGCUGUCCCUGGAUUAAGGAGAGAUGUAGUGAUAUCCUUCAAGUCUUCAAGCUGUCGCGGUGGAAACAGAAAGCUCAGCAGAUCCUACAUUGGACUGAGACCGGCCUCAAGGUGGCAGCACUGGUCAACUUCCUGGUGUUUCUGCGGCGGGGUGUAUACAGAGCAUUGGUAGAAAGGAUUCUGGGUAUCAGGGCAAUGUUCCCUAAUCAACAAGGAGUCAGACAGGUCAGCUUUGAAUUUAUGACCCGGGAGCUGCUAUGGCAUGGAUUCUCCGAAUUUCUGUUCUUUGUACUGCCAUUAAUUAAUUUUCAACGCCUGAAAAACUUUGUAAUGAGAAGAGUUUUACCCGUAACUACGACAGCUACUGCAGACCUGAGGACUCGUAAGCUUGAAACAUGUGCUGUGUGUGGUGACAAACCAACCAACCCCCGGGAGAUCGGCUGUCCUCAUGUCUUCUGCUACUUCUGUAUAGAGGGUAACUACAAGGCUGACCCGGGGUAUUCCUGUCCAUUAUGUGGAGCUAGUGUUGUGGAUCCAAACAACAUCAAACCUGUCAGGAUGGUGGUCCCUACUACGUAGCCAUGGAUUUAAACCUCUGCCCUUUGGACAAAGUGCUUCGUAUUAAAAUUCUUCACCUUAAACUACUGAAGGUUAUGUAGGGCAUAACAGCAGACAAUUAGGGAAUACAGCAGGAUCAGAGACCUUUAGGGAGAGUCCACGAAAAUGGACUACAUUGUAUUAAUAAAUUUGAACUGUAAUGAGCCAUCAAUAUAUUUGCAGUGCCCAUACAUUUUAAUUCCAUACACAUGUCAUGUCUUGCCCCUACAAAAGUUUAAACAUUGCCUAGUCUUUCAAGAAUCUCUCUACAGUCGCAUUUGAUAUCUGAUAUUCAUUACUCUUUGAAUAUACAGGUAAAGUUAUGUGGACAGAAUUAUUCCCUGUGCUCCGAGAGAGAUUGGUAAAUUCAUUGUGCCGAUUUUUGUAAAAGAAUGCAUUUAAUGAAAAUCUCCCGACCAAAACCACCUUAUAACAAGUCUGAAUUUUGUAGGUGCUAUCUUAUCACCAAUGCUGAGUUCUGUUGCAAAUUUACAAGUGAUUUAAGAUAAAAACAUGGCAAAAGUGAUGUUAUACAAGACAUAGUAUAUUGUUUUCAAGUAUCUUCAUCGUCGAUAAUAAACUUCAUGUUAAUUCAUCAUUAUGUUUCAUUGCUGUUCAGAUAAUUAGUAUGAGAUACUAAGUAUACAUGUACAUGUACUGUGUUGUGUUGUGCCAUAUUGUAAACAGUUAAUUAUUGUAAAAAAUCAUUUAAUGAAUAAAAGUACAAGAUGUCCCAAGUGACAAAAAACCUGA